AACCCAAAAAAGAAAAAAAAAUACACAAAGAAUAUUUUUGGUGUGUUGCAAAGACAUAUAUCCGCUCUUCACGUCUUCAAAAUCUUUUUGAUUGAUUACUCUCUUUUUUUUUUUGUUCUUCUUCUUUGCUUUUUUUUUUUUCAAUUUGGUUUCCGUUGUGAUAGAGAGAGAGGAAAAAGAUAAGAGAGGGACGACGAGUCUUGUUCAAUAGUGCUAUGGGAUUUUGCUUCUGACAGAGAGAUAGAGACAAAGAGACAGAGAGCGUUAAUAAAGAUACGGAAGAAGAAUAAUAAUGGGUGGAUCAGAUGAGAACGAGAUACACGGAGUUAUUGGACCGAUGAAUCAACAACAAGGGGGUUUACGUGGAGGAAAGGUGAUUACGGGGAAUGGGCAGACAAGAAGAGCAUUGAGUAAUAUAAACAAGAACAUCAUCGGUGCUCCUGUUUAUCCUUGUGCUGUCAACAAGAGACCCUUCACUGAGAAAAAUGUGAUAUGUAACAAGAAGAUUCCACCUGUUCCAGUGCAUCAUCGACCAGUUACUAGGAAGUUUGCUGCAGCUCAGUUAGCUGAGAACAAUUCCCAAAUCCACAAGGAGGAAACCAAGAAAUCAGACUUGAUAUCCAACGAAGCAUUAGAUAAAAUCAUAACAGAUGUGGAAGAAGGAGACUUUAAUGAGCCUAUGUUUGUUCAACACACUGAAGCCAUGCUUGAAGAGAUUGACAGAAUGGAAGGGAUUGAGAUGGAAGAUUCAAAUGAUAUUGAUAUUGAUGAAGAAGAGUCUGUGAUGGAUAUAGACAGCUGUGACAAGAACAAUCCUCUAGCUGUUGUCGAAUACAUCGAUGACAUAUAUUGUUUCUACAAGAAAAAUGAGUGUCGUAGCUGUGUCCCGCCUAAUUACAUGGAGAAUCAACAUGACCUUAACGAGAGGAUGAGAGGAAUCCUUAUUGAUUGGUUGAUUGAGGUACAUUACAAGUUUGAGCUGAUGGAGGAGACGCUUUACCUCACUAUCAAUCUCAUCGACAGAUUUCUUGCGGUUCAUCACAUCGCCAGGAAAAAGCUUCAGCUUGUGGGUGUUACAGCUAUGUUGCUUGCUUGCAAAUACGAAGAAGUGUCAGUUCCGGUUGUAGAUGAUCUUAUCCUCAUCUCUGACAAGGCUUACACUAGGACAGAGAUUCUUGAUAUGGAGAAGUUAAUGGCGAAUACCUUGCAAUUCAAUUUCUGUCUGCCAACUCCAUAUGUGUUCAUGAGGAGGUUUCUCAAAGCUGCUCAAUCUGACAAAAAGGUUGAGCUUUUAUCAUUCUUCAUCAUCGAGCUUUGCCUAGUGGAGUACGAGAUGCUUCAGUACACUCCCUCUCAGUUAGCAGCCUCGGCUAUCUACACAGCUCAGUCCACACUUAAAGGAUUCGAGGAUUGGAGCAAAACCUGUGAGUUCCACACUGGCUACACUGAAGAAACGCUUCUGGAAUGCUCGAGAAAGAUGGUUGGUUUUCAACACAAGGCAGGGACAGGGAAGUUAACAGGUGUUCAUAGGAAAUACAACACAUCCAAAUUCGGUUAUGCUGCAAGAACUGAACCAGCUGGCUUUCUGCUGCUCUAAACCAACGGUUUGGGGGAUCACACGGAAUCGAUAAUGGCUUGAAGAGAAGAGAGAGCAACAUAAGUUGCAUAAGUGGGAAAUUUCUUUGACUUGUUUGUUUCGAAGUUUCGUUUGUAGAUGGUUUAAUCUUUUCAACUCUCGUUGCUGAGAGAAUAAUAGGAAACCUUAGGGUUCUUGACUGCAACUCUUCUUUCCAAAUUCCAUGUCACCAAUUUGCUUUCUACUUUGUAUCAUAUAGUUGAUAUCCUCUACCGGCAUCGGUUUAGAGCAAUGGUUUUUUCUUGUGCAUGGAAAAAUCUGUUAGAAUGACGUUGACUUCUAUCACUAGUGUCCAUUGACUUUGACUUGGCAUAACGUAAUGUAUGUUUCCUU